CGUCCCCGCUUCCUCCUCGCUCCUCCCGCUUCCCCGCGCGCCCCGCGCUCCCGUGCGCGCGUACCCGCUUGCCUGCUUCCAGCCGCCGCCGCCGCUGCCCGGGCCAUGGCGAUCUGCUUCUGGCUGCGGAGCUGCCGGGCCCCGCGCCUCCGGCCGCCUCCUCCCGGCCGCCUCCUCUGCCCCCGCGCCAGCGGCCUGGGGCCCGCGCCCAGCCAGGCUCAGCUCCGCUGCUACGCCGGGGGCCCAGCGGGCCUGUCCGCGGCGCUGCUGCGCACUGACAGCUUCGUGGGCGGCCGCUGGCUCCCGGCCGCCGCCACCUUCCCGGUGCACGACCCGGCCAGCGGCGCCGCGCUGGGCAUGGUGGCCGACUGCGGGGUGCCCGAGGCCCGCGCCGCCGUGCGCGCCGCCUACGAGGCUUUCUGCAGCUGGAAGGCGGUCUCGGCCAAGGAAAGAAGUUCAUUACUGCGGAAAUGGUAUGAGUUAAUGAUACAAAAUAAGGAUGACCUUGCCAAGAUAAUCACAGCUGAGAAUGGAAAGCCACUGAAGGAAGCACAGUCAGAAAUUCUCUAUUCCGCCCUUUUCCUAGAGUGGUUUUCAGAGGAAGCGCGCCGCAUUUAUGGAGACAUUAUCUAUACCUCAGCAAAGGACAAGCGGGCCCUGGUCCUCAAGCAGCCUAUAGGUGUGGCUGCAAUCAUCACCCCGUGGAAUUUCCCCAGCGCCAUGAUCACCCGGAAGGUGGGGGCCGCCCUGGCAGCCGGCUGCACCGUGGUCGUGAAACCUGCAGAAGAUACACCCUUCUCCGCGUUAGCCCUGGCCGAGCUUGCAAACCAGGCUGGAAUUCCUCCAGGUGUAUACAAUGUUAUUCCCUGCUCUCGAAACAAGACCAAGGAAGUAGGAGAAGCACUUUGUACUGAUCCUUUGGUGCCCAAAAUUUCCUUUACUGGCUCAACAGCUACAGGAAAGAUCCUGUUGCACCAUGCGGCAAACUCUGUGAAAAAGGUCUCCCUGGAGCUGGGCGGUCUUGCUCCAUUCAUAGUGUUUGACAGUGCCAAUGUGGACCAGGCUGUAGCAGGGGCUCUGGCAUCUAAAUUUAGGAACUCUGGGCAGACGUGUGUUUGCGCAAACCGAUUCUUGGUGCAAAGGGGUAUCCAUGACUCCUUUGUAAAAGAAUUUGCUGCAGCAAUGAAGAAGAGCCUGCGUGUAGGUAAUGGAUUUGAGGAGGGAACUACUCAAGGCCCAUUAAUUAAUGAAAAGGCAGUAGAAAAGGUGGAAAAACAUGUGAGUGAUGCAGUUUCCAAAGGGGCCACUGUUGUGACAGGCGGAAAGCGACACCAACUUGGAAAAAAUUUCUUUGAGCCCACCCUGCUCAGCAAUGUCACCCAGGACAUGCUUUGCUCUCAUGAAGAGACUUUUGGGCCUCUGGCACCAGUGAUCAAGUUCGAUACAGAGGAGGAGGCUGUCGCGAUCGCUAAUGCAACUGUCGUUGGGUUAGCAGGUUAUUUUUACUCUCAAGACCCAGCCCAGAUCUGGAGAGUGGCCGAGCAGCUGGAAGUUGGCAUGGUUGGCGUAAAUGAAGGAUUGAUCUCCUCGGUGGAGUGCCCUUUUGGUGGAGUGAAGCAGUCUGGCCUUGGACGAGAGGGGUCCAAGUAUGGCAUCGAUGAGUAUCUGGAACUCAAGUAUGUGUGUUUCGGAGGCUUAUAGGAUUCUCCAGUUCCUUAAGGAAAUUAAAUAAGCUUACCAACAUAUAUGAGGACAUGCCAUUCGUUAUUUUAAAUAAACUAAUAGGUUAGUGGAAUUA